AUGCUGCCAUAUGCUGGAUUCAUGUUGGAGUAGGGGUGCUUUGUCCUACAGAGCCAAGACUUUUCUUCUUAUCUCUCCCCAACACUGACAGCAUUCUCCACACCUCCUUACUGGCAGAAUGACCAAAGCCCCCUUUAUUCUCCUGCUCAUAUAAUCAUCCUGCAACUGAUCUGAACUGGAAUGAUUCGUUCUGUUUUUGUUCUCAGUUGAAACUAAGGGAACUGAAAUGAUUCUUCCUGUUAUCUGUUCUCUGCUGAAUCUAAGGGAAUCCAUGGACAUACCAAAGAUUAUUGGAACCCUAGGCCACUGAUGAUCAUAACCAUCUGCUGUUGCAAACUGCCCCUGUAAAACAGAUUGCUUGCCUUGGGAUGCCUACUGGUUUUCAUGGCUUCAUUGAAGAAAAACUGGCAACUCAAGUUUUUCCUGAAGACAUUCUCUCUACAUCUAUUAAAGUAAGAUCCCAGUGAAGGUAUACAAAGCACUUCAGAAGCUUAGAUUACUCUGACAAAGAUGGACCUUGAAAAAACGGUUGAAUAUGGAACACGUCGUCAGGAUGCAGCGGGACAACUAGAUGCCCCAGCUCAGGUUCUUUACACAAUUGGAAGCUUCAUAUUGAUAAUUGGCUUUGUGGGGAUAAUAGGAAACUUGUUGGUCCUCUAUGCAUUUUACAGCAACAAGAAGCUGAGGACAGCACCCAACUAUUUUAUAAUGAACUUAGCAAUCAGUGAUUUUUUGAUGUCAGCGACACAGGCACCAGUUUGCUUUCUUAGCAGCUUGCACAGGGAGUGGAUACUUGGAGAAAUAGGCUGUAACGUGUAUGCGUUUUGUGGGGCAUUGUUUGGAAUAACCUCUAUGAUGACUCUACUGGCUAUAUCAGUCAAUCGAUAUAUAGUUAUCACAAAACCCCUACAGUCCAUUCAAUGGUCUUCCAAAAAAAGAACAUCACAGGUUAUUGUCCUGGUCUGGAUGUAUUCUUUUAUGUGGAGCUUGGCACCAUUACUUGGCUGGAGUUCCUAUGUGCCAGAGGGCUUAAGGAUAUCUUGUACGUGGGACUAUGUGACAUCUACAACAUCAAACAAAAGUUACACAAUGAUGUUGUGCUGUUGCGUCUUCUUCAUUCCACUUAUCAUAAUAUCACAUUGUUACUUUUUCAUGUUUCUGGCAAUUAGAAGUACUGGCAGGAAUGUACAAAAACUUGGAUCAUACGGUCGCCAAUCUUUUUUGACACCGACCAUGAAGAAUGAAUGGAAAAUGGCAAAAAUUGCUUUUGUAAUCAUCAUUGUUUAUGUACUGUCUUGGUCUCCUUAUGCUUGUGUCACACUGAUUGCUUGGGCUGGGCAUGGUAAAUCUUUAACUCCCUAUUCCAAGACAGUCCCAGCAGUCAUUGCCAAAGCAUCUGCUAUCUACAAUCCAAUCAUCUAUGGAAUAAUCCACCCAAAAUACAGGGAAACCAUCCAUAAGACUGUGCCCUGUCUCCGUUUUCUAAUUAAGGAGCCAAAAAAAGAUUGCUUUGAGUCUUCAGUAAGAGGUUCUAUUUACAGCCGACAAUCAUUAGUCGCAAGGAAGAAAAAUAGCUGCAUUUCAACCGUUUCCACGGCAGAAACAGUGAGUUCAAAUGUUUGGGACGACACAUCUAAUGGGCAUUGUAGGAAAUCACUUUCUCAGACUCUGAGCAAUUUGUGUUCUCCCUUAUUUCAGGUACUGACUGACGUGGAGCAGGAUUCAAUUUACAAAAGUGCGACUUAUCAAAGAAGCAACUCAUUUUCAAGCAGUCAAAGAAAAGCACAAAAAGGAGAGCUCUUGACGAAGGCUUGGAGCUGCAAUGCUUUACCCAAAGAAAAGGAUCCAAAUUCAUCUCACAAAUUGGAACAGCCAUUAACAUGGCCAGAUGAUCCAAGCUCAAAGGAGAUUCUUCUCUCCAGUUCAAUGAAUACAGUUACCUAUCCCAUUGGCUUGGGAUCCAUAGUUAAAGAUGGGAUUUCAAAUAUUCCCAAUGUUAGAAAUCACAGAAUUGAUAAAAGCGGAGGUCUGGACUGGAUUAUUAAUGCUACCAUUCCUCGAAUUGUCAUAAUUCCUACCUCAGAGAGCAAAAUCUCCGAAGGCCAAGAAGAACAUGAUAAUAAUACUGUGGAAAAAAGUAAAAGAACAGAGGAAGAAGAUGAUUUCUUUAACUUUAAUGUUGAUACAAGCCUGUUAAAUCUGGAAGGAUUAACUUCAUCUACAGACCUAUAUGAAGUAGUUGAAAGGUUCCUUUCCUAAAGCAAGCAGCGAAAUAGAAAAUAUGUCAACUGUUCACAUCUGCUACAAAUAAAACAUAUGCAA